UCGCUGCCCCACUGGCAUCUUCGCUUCGUGGUGCACGAUGGCUCGGGCCAAGAAUCAGUCGUCGUCGAGCUUUCAAACCGUUUGCAGCGAGCGCCAGAGCAGCACCGCCAAGGAUCCCUGUCCAUCCAGUCGAGCCUGAAACUCCAGCCACAAGCAGCCAAGAAGCAGCAGCAGCAGCAAGCAGCCGCGAAGCAGCAGCAAGUGAAAGCAGCCAGCAGAGAAAGGGACAGAGACAGAGGGAAAGAGAGCCAAAAUCCGACGAUUGACGAAAAGGGUCAAACGGCAAACGCGAAGAGAAUUAAGAGAUAACAAACUGAAGAAUCGGGAGAUAAAACCAAAGAACAUUUAAGAACAAAACAAAAAUCGAAUUUUCAUGUUUAAAUCGCAAAACCAAAAUUAUCGAUAAAGAAAUUAAAGGAAAACCAAAGAGAGAAAAACCAAAUAUAAAGUAAAUUGCUACCAGUAAACGCUAGUCCAAAUCUUCACUAUAUGAAUAUAUGUAUACUAUAUAUAUUUAACUAAUAAUACUUCAAGAGAACACGCCAAUUGCCGCAACUUUACUCCAACCCGUAAAAAAGCAAAGAUUUCCAUUAAACAAACGCAAAAUACCAAAUACCUAACAACACAGCUUCGAAGUGUGCACAAUAACAAAGUAAAAAGUUAUUAACCAAAACCAAAGAAAGACACCCAAACCAAAACCAAGACAAAUUAUUAUUAAACAAAACCAAAAACCGAAAGACAAUUAAGCAAAGUCGAAAAAAAACUGCGCCAAAGUCACGGCCAACAAACACAAACACAAACACAUACACAAGCAACAAGCAGCAAAAGCAACAGCAAUUGCGAAGUGAAGCGUUUCCACUGACCACGCCCACUCCCCGCGGCUGAGCAAUCCGCCCCUUGAAGCAAUUUUCCGAUUUGGCAGCGCAUCGUUUCCGAGAAAUCUUGCGUGCGCCGGGAAAACUGAAGCGCCAGUGUCGGUUGGUUAACAAGGGAACACCCAGAGUAUACCCUCUUUUUUUUCGAGUGUGCGAACCAGUUUUUUUUGUGUGUGACCCAAACCAAAGGCAAGAACAACAGCUACAACUGCACCAACUGUGAUGGGAGAUCAGCCAAAGGCAACGACAACCGCAACCGGAGGAGCAGCUGGCCCAGUUCCUGAAGGCGACGCCGUGAUGGCCACCACCAACCAGGACGCGCUGGCCAAGGGUGCAGGAGAUGGUCCUGCCCAGGACGCGGCCCAGGAGCCAGGACAGGCGGAGCACGGUGAGCCCGGGGAUGGUGGCGAUGGCGGUGACGAUGGUGCCACCGAUGCCGGGGCCAGCUCGCUGCCCCCCUCCGAGAUUGGUGGGCGGGCGCCCCUGGACACGGCCUGCUCGGACGCCGACGGAGGAGCCCCCUCCAGCCUGGCCGGUGGAAUUGUGGGUCCGCCCAGCCCGCUCACCGGCUGCUACCUCCUCAUCGUCCUGGGCGAGCCGCACUCCGAGGAGCACAAGGACAAUAUCUUGCAGCAUCUGCUCAAGGGAUUCCUCUCCUGGGACGUUUCCGAUUGUCACGUCGACUUGGAAGAGGAGCUCAAUACAAUUACACAGCAUGCACCUGAGGGCGAGGAGGCUCGUCACGGCGAACGGCUCAUCCAGUAUGCCAGCGAGAAUCUGGUCACGGAGGUGCUCAUCCACCCGCAGUACAAUACGCUGAUCCAGUGCAUGCGAAACCUGCUUAGCAGUUUCACCCGCCACCGGCACAUCAUCCACGCCGGUUACACCUUCAGUGGAAAUGGUUCCUGGAUAUUGCAGGACGGAACCUUCUCGGUGGCGGACUUCUCUGAGGCCUUCCAAGAGCACGACGUACAAAGGGUGAUUCGGGCCUAUGCCGACACCAUCACCAUGAACAUUCACUGCGCGGACGCGGGUCUAUGGCACACAUUGCCCGAGAAGGCCUUUGCCCGCCAGUGCCGGAUACGGAUAAAUCCCGUGGACGUCCUGGACACGAGCAGCGAGUGCAUCAACGGAUUCAUUGAUUACCUCGCGCCCAUGGUGAUGCCAACCUCGCUGAGGGAGCUGCUUGAGACCUCGGACGUGGUGGGCAACAUUCGCUUUACCCAUCCAACGUUAUAUGUCUUCCCCGGCGGCCAGGGUGAUGCGGCGCUUUUCGGGAUCAACGGCUUUAACAUGCUUGUUGACGGCGGCUUCAACCGCAAGGCAUGCUUCUGGGACUUCGCCCGGCACCUAGACCGACUGGACGCGGUGCUGAUGACCCGCCUAAACAACAGCAACGUGCAGGGCCUGGGUGCGGUCGUGUCGCGCAAGCGGGACGCUCACGUCUACCCCCAGAUCGGGCACUUUUUCGGUAAUGUACCUGACCGCAAGGGGCUUCCCAGCCCCGACGGCGAUAAGGACCGCGAUCCACUUCUGAUCGAUCUAUUCGAGCGUGGGCACGGUAUCGUUAGUGACCUGAAGGCACUGGAUCUAAAGCCACAAUGCUGCUACCGCAACCAGGAGCCGGUCAACCUCUAUCACAAGGUCGGCCACGGCACUCUGGAUAUGUAUGUGAUAAGUCCAGCGCGUGACUCAAAGGAAGUAAAGGAGUUUCUCCAGAAGUGGCAUGCCGGCGACCAGCGGCUCUUUGCCGCCCGGGAUUCGCGCGACUUUAACUUCCCGCUGCAAAACUUGGUAUCUAUUUGCGCCCUGCUUGUUUGGCAGCCAGCCAACCCGGACGACACUAUCACUCGCAUUCUCUUCCCGGGUAGCACACCCGACUUUAAAAUCCAGGAGGGCCUCGAAAAGCUAAAGCAUCUGGAGUUCAUGAAGCACUCCACAUGCACAGCAAAGUCAAUUGCCCCAGCCAUUCAGACCGUGACCUCAACUCGCAAGAGCUUAAAAUCGGCCAUCGAAGCGACUCCAGCCCCGCCCAGCGCCAGUUACAAGACUACAAAGUUCAGUCCGGUGGCAAGUGCCGCUCUAGCCGUCCAGCAUCCGCAGCAGCAGGAUAACAAAGCGAAGGAAGCUGCUGCUGCUGCUGCUGCUGCUGCAGCUGCAGCUGCUUCUGCAGCUACUAUUGCCCGCGCCAAAGCCGAUUCCAUGGACACGGAUGCAGAACCGGAGCACGAGGCAGACCCCGAACCUGCUGACACAGGGGACGAGGCUGCUCCCACAGAGCAGGAGCCUGAGGCGGAGACUGAACCCGAACCCGAGCAUGAACCCGAAGCGGAGCAGGACAAGGAUGUUGGUGAGGAGAAGAAGGUGGAAGUGUUAAUCAUGAAGCCCCAGCAGGCGACACCUGCAGUAAUCGCAGCAUCUGGCAAGGAUGGAGUUGAUGCAGCUUCUGCUGAUGCUACGCCCACCGGCAAACUGAGCAAAGCGUCAGCCAAGGGCAAGGCGGAUAAGCCGCGGGCUGAGGUUAAGCCGGUGGUACGCUCCCGCAUCGACACCAAGCCUCCCAAGUCCAUGGACCGGAAACUAGCCAAACGGGAUGAGAAAAAGAGCUCGCCCACAACUACGCCGGCCGCCAGGGCACCCGUUGCCCAAAAUGCCAAGCCUAAAGUUCUGAGCCGCCCAGCAACCAAGUCCAGUCCCAGUAGCACUCCUGCAAAGAGUGCCAAGGAGGCCAACAACCGGAAGGUGCUCGAGUCCAAGCAGCAGGCGGCUCGAGUGCAGGCCACCAGCACCGUCUCUAGGCGAGUUACAAGCACUGCCAGUGAAAGGCGAGUCCAACAGCAGGCGGAAGCAAAGACAGCGGCUACUGGGGCCACCCAAGCGACCCAGAGAAAACCAAUCUCAAGGAGACCUCGUGGCGUUUCACCCUCGAAACGCGCACCAGCACCCGGAAGUCCGGUGAAGCAGGCGAAGCCGAAAGCGGCAGACUUAAAAAAGACACGUUUGGACAAGGGAGGCACCACCGACUCUAGUCUGGUGUCCACCCCCUCUGCAGAUGAAGCCACGGCUGCCAAGAAACUGCAAGACUUAACCGCUUCUCAGGAACUCGACGCAGAGAAGCAGCGUGAAUUGGACGACCUUAAGGAGGAGCAGGAGGUGGUACGGGAAAUAGAAGCGGUGUUUAGUCGUGAUGAAAUGAAACGACAGCAGCACCAACAGAUCAAGGCCGAGCUUCGAGAAAUGCCUGCCGAAGGAACCGGCGAUGGUGAAAAUGAGCCUGAUGAAGAGGAGGAGUACCUGAUCAUCGAAAAGGAGGAAGUGGAGCAGUAUACCGAAGAUUCGAUCGUUGAACAGGAGAGCAGCAUGACCAAGGAAGAGGAGAUCCAGAAGCACCAGCGUGACUCGCAGGAAUCAGAGAAGAAGCGAAAGAAGAGCGCCGAAGAGGAGAUCGAGGCGGCCAUUGCCAAGGUAGAAGCCGCUGAGCGUAAAGCGCGACUAGAGGGUGCGUCUGCGAGGCAGGAUGAGUCGGAACUGGACGUUGAGCCGGAGCAGAGCAAGAUAAAAGCUGAGGUGCAGGAUAUCAUUGCCACUGCCAAGGAUAUUGCCAAGUCACGCACCGAGGAGCAGUUGGCGAAGCCCGCCGAGGAGGAGCUCUCAUCGCCAACCCCCGAGGAGAAGCUAAGCAAAAAGACUUCGGAUACGAAGGACGAUCAAAUCGGAGCCCCAGUCGACGUUCUACCCGUCAAUCUUCAAGAAAGCCUACCCGAAGAGAAGUUCUCGGCUACCAUUGAGUCGGGGGCCACCACUGCUCCGACACUACCCGAGGAUGAGCGCAUUCCGCUGGAUCAGAUAAAGGAGGACCUCGUGAUCGAGGAGAAAUAUGUGAAAGAAGAGACCAAGGAAGCGGAGGCCAUCGUAGUGGCCACCGUACAGACUCUUCCCGAAGCAGCUCCAUUGGCAAUCGAUACCAUCCUUGCCUCAGCUACCAAGGAUGCCCCCAAAGACGCCAACGCUGAAGCUUUAGGCGAGCUGCCCGACUCAGGCGAACGGGUGCUGCCCAUGAAGAUGACAUUUGAGGCCCAGCAGAACCUUCUCCGCGAUGUCAUCAAAACGCCUGACGAAGUUGCAGAUUUACCCGUCCAUGAGGAAGCCGAUCUUGGGCUAUACGAGAAGGACAGUCAGGACGCCGGCGCCAAAAGUAUCUCCCAUAAAGAGGAGUCCGCAAAAGAAGAAAAGGAGACGGACGACGAAAAGGAGAAUAAGGUAGGAGAGAUCGAAUUGGGGGAUGAACCGAAUAAGGUGGACAUCUCUCACGUACUACUCAAGGAGUCGGUACAGGAAGUGGCCGAGAAAGUCGUGGUUAUUGAAACUACAGUGGAGAAAAAGCAGGAGGAGAUUGUGGAGGCCACUACAGUCAUUACCCAAGAAAACCAGGAAGAUCUAAUGGAGCAGGUUAAGGAUAAAGAAGAGCAUGAACAAAAAAUAGAGUCUGGAAUCAUUACCGAAAAGGAAGCUAAAAAGUCGGCUAGCACUCCCGAGGAAAAGGAGACCAGCGACAUUACAUCCGAUGAUGAGCUUCCUGCCCAACUGGCGGACCCGACCACUGUGCCACCCAAAUCAGCCAAAGACCGCGAAGAUACCGGCUCCAUUGAAAGUCCCCCUACCAUUGAGGAGGCCAUUGAGGUUGAGGUGCAGGCCAAGCAAGAAGCCCAAAAACCAGUGCCAGCUCCGGAGGAGGCUAUCAAGACGGAAAAGUCGCCACUUGCCUCAAAGGAGACCUCCCGACCUGAAUCUGCGACAGGAAGCGUCAAGGAAGACACUGAGCAGACGAAAUCCAAGAAAUCCCCAGUACCCUCCCGACCUGAAUCUGAGGCAAAAGAUAAGAAGUCUCCAUUCGCUUCAGGAGAAGCUUCUCGACCGGAAUCUGUAGCGGAAAGCGUCAAAGACGAAGCAGGAAAAGCAGAGAGUCGACGAGAAUCCAUUGCCAAAACUCAUAAGGAUGAAAGUUCUCUUGAUAAAGCAAAAGAGCAGGAAAGCCGUCGCGAAUCUCUUGCGGAAAGCAUCAAACCAGAAAGUGGAAUAGAUGAAAAGUCUGCCUUGGCUUCGAAGGAAGCCUCCAGACCAGAAUCUGUGACGGACAAGUCAAAGGAGCCGUCCCGCCGCGAAUCCAUCGCAGAGAGCUUAAAGGCGGAGAGUACAAAAGAUGAAAAAUCCGCUCCUCCCUCUAAAGAAGCUUCGCGGCCAGGAUCAGUGGUGGAAAGUGUUAAAGAUGAGACUGAAAAGUCGAAGGAACCAUCGCGACGGGAGUCAAUUGCUGAAAGUGCCAAGCCCCCUAUUGAAUUCAGGGAAGUCUCACGACCCGAAUCGGUAAUUGACGGUAUCAAAGAUGAAUCUGCGAAGCCCGAGAGUCGUCGUGAUUCCCCCCUUGCCUCAAAAGAGGCUUCCCGACCAGAAUCGGUAUUGGAAAGCGUCAAAGACGAACCAAUUAAAUCCACAGAAAAGAGUCGCCGUGAGUCGGUGGCGGAAAGCUUCAAAGCAGAUAGUACAAAGGACGAAAAGUCCCCACUUACGUCCAAGGAUAUAUCGCGACCAGAAUCGGCUGUGGAAAAUGUGAUGGAUGCAGUAGGAUCUGCAGAGCGGUCUCAGCCAGAAUCCGUAACAGCCUCCAGGGAUGUCUCUAGACCGGAAUCAGUAGCGGAAAGUGAAAAGGAUGACACUGACAAACCUGAAUCUGUUGUGGAAAGUGUUAUUCCUGCUUCCGAUGUUGUUGAAAUCGAGAAAGGUGCGGCUGAUAAAGAAAAAGGUGUUUUCGUAUCACUUGAAAUUGGCAAGCCAGAUAGCCCUUCUGAGGUUAUAUCCAGGCCAGGACCCGUAGUAGAAAGCGUAAAGCCUGAGAGCCGGCGUGAGUCCUCUACUGAAAUUGUUCUUCCAUGCCAUGCUGAGGACUCCAAGGAACCAUCCAGACCAGAAUCCAAAGUAGAAUGCCUUAAAGAUGAAUCUGAAGUAUUGAAGGGUUCUACCCGAAGAGAGUCUGUGGCAGAAAGCGACAAAUCUUCACAGCCAUUCAAAGAGACUUCUAGGCCAGAAUCCGCUGUGGGUAGUAUGAAAGAUGAGAGUAUGUCAAAGGAACCAUCUCGACGUGAGAGCGUAAAAGAUGGAGCUGCCCAAUCACGGGAGACUUCUCGUCCCGCGUCCGUUGCAGAAAGUGCCAAGGAUGGGGCUGAUGAUUUAAAGGAACUGUCUAGACCCGAAUCGACGACCCAAAGCAAAGAAGCGGGAAGUAUAAAAGACGAAAAAUCACCUUUGGCCUCCGAAGAAGCUUCGAGACCAGCAUCCGUUGCAGAAAGUGUUAAGGACGAAGCUGAGAAGUCUAAGGAAGAAUCUAGGCGAGAGUCGGUGGCCGAAAAAUCUCCUUUGCCCUCCAAGGAAGCUUCCAGACCAGCUUCCGUUGCAGAAAGUAUUAAGGACGAAGCUGAGAAGUCUAAGGAAGAAUCAAGGCGAGAGUCAGUGGCCGAAAAAUCUCCUUUGCCCUCCAAGGAAGCUUCCAGACCAGCUUCCGUUGCAGAAAGUAUUAAGGACGAAGCUGAGAAGUCUAAGGAAGAAUCAAGGCGAGAGUCGGUGGCCGAAAAAUCUCCUUUGCCCUCCAAGGAAGCUUCCAGACCAGCUUCCGUUGCAGAAAGUAUUAAGGACGAAGCUGAGAAGUCUAAGGAAGAAUCUAGGCGAGAGUCGGUGGCCGAAAAAUCUCCUUUGCCCUCCAAGGAAGCUUCCAGACCAGCUUCCGUUGCAGAAAGUAUUAAGGACGAAGCUGAGAAGUCUAAGGAAGAAUCUAGGCGAGAGUCGGUGGCCGAAAAAUCUCCUUUGCCCUCCAAGGAAGCUUCCAGACCAGCUUCCGUUGCAGAAAGUAUUAAGGACGAAGCUGAGAAGUCUAAGGAAGAAUCUAGGCGAGAGUCGGUGGCCGAAAAAUCUCCUUUGCCCUCCAAGGAAGCUUCCAGACCAGCUUCCGUUGCAGAAAGUAUUAAGGACGAAGCUGAGAAGUCUAAGGAAGAAUCUAGGCGAGAGUCGGUGGCCGAAAAAUCUCCUUUGCCCUCCAAGGAAGCUUCCAGACCAGCUUCCGUUGCAGAAAGUAUUAAGGACGAAGCUGAGAAGUCUAAGGAAGAAACUAGGCGAGAGUCGGUGGCCGAAAAAUCUCCUUUGCCCUCCAAGGAAGCUUCCAGACCAGCAUCCGUUGCAGAAAGUAUUAAGGACGAAGCUGAGAAGUCUAAGGAAGAAUCUAGGCGAGAGUCGGCGGCCGAAAAAUCUCCUUUGCCCUCCAAGGAAGCUUCCAGACCAGCUUCCGUUGCAGAAAGUGUUAAGGAUGAAGCUGAUAAGUCCAAAGAAGAAUCUAGGCGGGAAUCGAUGGCCGAAAGCGGUAAGGCGCAGAGUAUCAAGGGUGAUCAAUCUCCUCUGAAGGAAGUUUCACGACCAGAGUCUGUGGCGGAGAGUGUUAAAGACGAUCCUGUCAAAUCCAAGGAACCAUCCCGUCGAGAAUCUGUAGCAGGAAGUGUCACAGCGGAUAGUGCUAGAGACGACCAAUCUCCUUUGGAAUCCAAGGGAGCGUCAAGGCCAGAAUCAGUGGUUGACAGCGUUAAGGACGAAGCUGAAAAGCAAGAAAGUCGUCGCGAAUCUAAAACAGAGAGUGUUAUACCUCCAAAAGCUAAGGAUGAUAAGUCUCCAAAGGAAGUUUUACAACCAGUGUCUAUGACGGAGACUAUUAGGGAAGACGCCGACCAACCCAUGAAGCCAUCACAAGCAGAAAGUCGAAGGGAAUCGAUUGCUGAAAGCAUUAAGGCCUCCAGUCCUAGGGACGAGAAGUCUCCAUUGGCUUCGAAAGAAGCCUCUAGGCCAGGAUCUGUAGCUGAAAGUAUUAAGUAUGAUCUUGAUAAGCCUCAGAUCAUUAAGGACGACAAGUCCACAGAGCACUCCCGACGCGAAUCGCUAGAGGAUAAGUCUGCUGUUACAUCAGAAAAGUCUGUUUCUCGACCACUAUCUGUGGCCAGUGACCAUGAAGCUGCCGUAGCUAUUGAGGAUGAUGCAAAGAGUUCCAUCUCUCCCAAAGAUAAAUCCCGUCCAGGUUUUGUUGCUGAAACUGUAUCAUCUCCAAUUGAGGAAGCAACAAUGGAGUUCUCAAAGAUUGAAGUCGUAGAAAAGUCCAGCCUAGCUCUUAGCCUACAAGGUGGCUCAGGAGGUAAACUGCAAACGGAUUCCAGUCCUGUUGACGUGGCCGAGGGUGACUUUUCGCAUGCGGUCGCUUCGGUUUCCACCGUCACGCCCACACUUACGAAACCUGCUGAACUCGCACAGAUUGGUGCAGCUAAAACGGUCUCGUCUCCUUUAGACGAGGCUCUAAGAACUCCAUCUGCUCCAGAGCAUAUAUCCAGAGCAGAUUCACCCGCAGAAUGUGCGAGUGAAGAGAUUGCCAGUCAAGACAAAUCACCGCAAGUUUUGAAGGAGUCCUCAAGACCAGCGUGGGUCGCAGAAAGCAAGGAUGACGCUGCGCAGCUAAAAAGUUCUGUGGAAGAUCUUAGAUCUCCAGUUGCCUCCACGGAAAUUUCUCGCCCGGCAUCAGCGGGAGAGACAGCAUCAUCGCCCAUUGAGGAAGCACCAAAAGACUUCGCGGAAUUCGAACAGGCCGAGAAAGCAGUGCUGCCCUUGACUAUUGAACUAAAGGGUAAUCUCCCAACGUUGUCGAGCCCUGUAGAUGUGGCUCAUGGUGACUUCCCCCAGACAUCAACCCCCACAAGCUCACCAACUGUAGCUUCAGUCCAACCAGCUGAACUCUCUAAAGUCGACAUUGAGAAGACAGCAUCAAGUCCGAUAGACGAGGCUCCGAAAUCACUAAUUGGAUGUCCGGCAGAAGAGCGUCCAGAAUCUCCUGCAGAAAGUGCCAAGGAUGCAGCUGAAUCGGUGGAAAAAUCCAAGGAUGCAUCACGUCCACCAUCUGUAGUUGAAAGCACUAAGGCGGAUAGCACGAAAGGCGAUAUAUCACCUUCUCCGGAAUCGGUGUUGGAAGGGCCAAAGGACGAUGUUGAAAAAUCUAAGGAAUCAUCGCGUCCGCCAUCUGUUUCAGCAAGUAUUACGGGGGAUUCCACUAAAGAUGUCUCCCGACCAGCCUCAGUAGUGGAAAGUGUUAAGGAUGAGCAUGAUAAGGCAGAGAGCCGUCGAGAGUCAAUUGCUAAAGUGGAAAGUGUUAUUGACGAAGCCGGCAAAUCUGAUUCCAAAAGCUCUAGUCAGGACAGUCAGAAAGAUGAAAAGUCGACUCUAGCAUCGAAAGAAGCCUCUCGAAGAGAAUCCGUUGUGGAAAGCUCAAAGGAUGACGCUGAGAAGUCUGAAAGCCGUCCAGAAUCGGUCAUCGCAAGCGGAGAGCCAGUACCCAGGGAAUCGAAAUCCCCCCUGGACUCAAAGGAUACGUCUCGUCCAGGCUCAAUGGUAGAAAGCGUUACAGCUGAAGAUGAGAAAUCUGAACAGCAAUCCCGUCGGGAGUCUGUAGCGGAAAGCGUCAAGGCAGAUACCAAAAAAGAUGGGAAAUCUCAAGAAGCGUCCCGACCAUCCUCUGUUGAUGAACUUCUAAAAGACGAUGACGAAAAACAGGAAAGUAGGCGGCAAUCGAUCACAGGCAGCCAUAAAGCAAUGAGUACAAUGGGCGAUGAGUCUCCGAUGGAUAAAGCUGACAAAUCCAAAGAGCCAUCCCGACCAGAAUCCGUCGCAGAGAGUAUUAAGCAUGAAAAUACAAAGGAUGAAGAGUCUCCACUAGGCUCCCGGCGAGAUUCCGUCGCAGAAAGUAUUAAGUCAGAUAUCACAAAAGGCGAAAAGUCCCCAUUGCCGUCAAAAGAGGUCUCUCGACCUGAAUCCGUCGUAGGAAGCAUUAAAGAUGAAAAGGCUGAAAGCCGUCGUGAAUCUGUGGCGGAGAGCGUGAAGCCGGAAAGUUCUAAGGACGCAACAUCAGCUCCACCAUCAAAGGAACAUUCUCGACCGGAAUCCGUUUUGGGAAGCCUCAAAGAUGAAGGCGAUAAGACCACAAGUCGCCGCGUUUCGGUAGCUGACAGUAUAAAAGAUGAGAAGUCCCUUCUUGUAUCACAAGAAGCUUCCCGGCCAGAAUCUGAGGCAGAAAGCUUGAAAGAUGCGGCAGCACCGUCGCAGGAGACCUCUCGUCCCGAAUCUGUUACAGAAAGCGUUAAGGAUGGAAAAUCCCCAGUCGCAUCCAAAGAAGCGUCCAGACCAGCAUCCGUUGCAGAAAAUGCCAAGGAUUCGGCUGAUGAAUCAAAGGAACAACGACCAGAGUCGUUGCCUCAAAGCAAGGCGGGAAGUAUUAAAGAUGAAAAAUCACCUUUGGCCUCUAAAGAUGAAGCUGAGAAGUCUAAGGAAGAAUCAAGGCGAGAGUCGGUGGCCGAACAAUUUCCUUUGGUCUCCAAGGAAGUUUCCAGACCAGCAUCCGUUGCAGAAAGUGUUAAGGACGAAGCUGAGAAGUCUAAGGAAGAAUCACCUUUAAUGUCUAAGGAAGCUUCCAGACCAGCAUCCGUUGCAGGAAGUGUUAAGGAUGAAGCUGAGAAGUCCAAGGAAGAAUCUAGGCGAGAGUCAGUUGCUGAAAAAUCACCUUUGCCCUCCAAAGAAGCUUCGAGACCAGCUUCCGUUGCAGAAAGUGUAAAGGAUGAAGCUGAUAAGUCCAAAGAAGAAUCUAGGCGAGAGUCGGGGGCCGAAAAAUCUCCUUUGGCCUCCAAGGAAGCUUCCAGACCAGCUUCCGUUGCAGAAAGUAUUAAGGACGAAGCUGAGAAGUCUAAGGAAGAAUCUAGGCGAGAGUCGGUUGCUGAAAAAUCUCCUUUGCCCUCCAAGGAAGCUUCGAGACCAACUUCCGUUGCAGAAAGUGUUAAGGAUGAAGCUGAGAAGUCUAAGGAAGAAUCUAGAAGAGACUCGGUGGCCGAAAAAUCUCCUUUGGCGUCCAAGGAAGCUUCCAGACCAGCUUCCGUUGCAGAAAGUGUUCAGGACGAAGCUGAGAAGUCUAAGGAAGAAUCUAGGCGAGAGUCGGUGGCCGAAAAAUCUCCUUUGGCCUCCAAGGAAGCUUCCAGACCAGCUUCCGUUGCAGAAAGUAUUAAGGACGAAGCUGAGAAGUCUAAGGAAGAAUCUAGGCGAGAGUCGGUGGCCGAAAAAUCUCCUUUGGCCUCCAAGGAAGCUUCGAGACCAACUUCCGUUGCAGAAAGUGUUAAGGAUGAAGCUGAGAAGUCUAAGGAAGAAUCUAGUCGAGACUCGGUGGCCGAAAAAUCUCCCUUGGCGUCCAAGGAAGCUUCCAGACCAGCUUCCGUUGCAGAAAGUGUUCAGGACGAAGCUGAGAAGUCUAAGGAAGAAUCUAGGCGAGAGUCGGUGGCCGAAAAAUCUCCUUUGGCCUCCAAGGAAGCUUCCAGACCAGCUUCCGUUGCAGAAAGUGUAAAGGAUGAUGCUGAGAAGUCCAAAGAAGAAUCAAGGCGAGAGUCGGUGGCCGAAAAAUCUCCUUUGGCCUCCAAGGAAGCUUCCAGACCAGCUUCCGUUGCAGAAAGUGUUAAGGAUGAAGCUGAGAAGUCUAAGGAAGAAUCUAGGCGAGAGUCGGUGGCCGAAAAAUCUCCUUUGCCCUCCAAGGAAGCUUCCAGACCAACUUCCGUUGCAGAAAGUGUUAAGGAUGAAGCUGAGAAGUCUAAGGAAGAAUCAAGGCGAGAGUCGGUGGCCGAAAAAUCUUCUUUGGCCUCCAAGAAAGCUUCCAGACCAGCUUCCGUUGCAGAAAGUGUUAAGGAUGAAGCUGAGAAGUCUAAGGAAGAAUCUAGGCGAGAGUCGGUGGCCGAAAAAUCUCCUUUGGCCUCCAAGGAAGCUUCCAGACCAGCUUCCGUUGCAGAAAGUGUUAAGGACGAAGCUGAGAAGUCUAAGGAAGAAUCUAGGCGAGAGUCGGUGGCCGAAAAAUCACCUUUGCCCUCCAAAGAAGCUUCGAGACCAACUUCCGUUGCAGAAAGUGUAAAGGAUGAAGCUGAUAAGUCCAAAGAGGAAUCUAGGCGAGAGUCGGGGGCCGAAAAAUCUCCUUUGGCCUCCAUGGAAGCUUCCAGACCAACUUCCGUUGCAGAAAGUGUUAAGGACGAAACUGAGAAGUCUAAGGAAGAAUCUAGGCGAGAGUCGGUGACCGAAAAAUCUCCUUUGCCCUCCAAGGAAGCUUCCAGACCAACUUCCGUUGCAGAAAGUGUUAAGGAUGAAGCUGAGAAGUCUAAGGAAGAAUCUAGGCGAGAGUCGGUGGCCGAAAAAUCUCCUUUGGCCUCCAAGGAAUCUUCCAGACCAGCUUCCGUUGCAGAAAGUAUUAAGGACGAAGCUGAGGGGACUAAGCAGGAAUCUAGGCGAGAGUCGAUGCCCGAAAGCGGUAAGGCGGAGAGUAUCAAGGGUGAUCAAUCUUCUUUAGCGUCCAAAGAAACGUCAAGACCCGAUUCUGUUGUGGAAAGCGUUAAGGACGAAACUGAAAAGCCAGAAGGGUCAGCGAUCGACAAGUCGCAGGUGGCAUCCCGACCAGAGUCCGUGGCAGUAAGUGCUAAGGACGAGAAGUCACCGCUUCAUUCGCGUCCUGAAUCAGUUGCCGACAAGUCGCCAGAUGCCUCGAAGGAAGCAUCUCGUUCUUUAUCGGUUGCCGAAACCGCCUCAUCACCCAUUGAAGAAGGUCCACGAUCCAUUGCUGACCUCAGUCUGCCCCUUAACCUUACAGGUGAAGCUAAGGGCAAGCUUCCAACUCUUUCGAGUCCCAUUGAUGUGGCAGAAGGAGACUUUUUAGAAGUAAAGGCGGAAUCCUCCCCGCGGCCAGCUGUACUUUCAAAACCAGCGGAGUUUUCGCAGCCCGAUACUGGGCAUACAGCCUCCACGCCCGUGGACGAGGCUUCUCCCGUUCUGGAGGAAAUCGAAGUAGUUGAACAGCAUACCACUUCUGGAGUCGGGGCUACGGGCGCAACAGCAGAAACGGACCUACUUGACCUGACUGAAACCAAAUCCGAGACUGUAACCAAGCAAUCGGAGACAACGUUAUUUGAAACCCUUACCUCGAAGGUUGAAAGUAAGGUGGAAGUACUGGAGAGCUCGGUGAAACAAGUUGAAGAGAAAGUCCAGACCUCAGUAAAGCAAGCAGAAACCACUGUGACCGAUUCCUUGGAACAACUAACCAAGAAGAGCAGUGAGCAGUUGACAGAGAUCAAAUCAGUGCUAGACACCAACUUUGAAGAAGUAGCGAAAAUCGUUGCCGAUGUGGCCAAGGUACUUAAGUCUGACAAGGACAUUACAGACAUCAUACCCGACUUUGACGAACGGCAACUGGAGGAGAAACUGAAGUCAACUGCCGAUACAGAGGAGGAGUCCGACAAAAGUACCCGGGACGAGAAAUCCCUGGAAAUCAGCGUCAAAGUAGAAAUCGAAUCUGAGAAGUCAUCGCCCGAUCAGAAGUCCGGCCCCAUUUCCAUCGAGGAGAAGGACAAAAUCGAGCAAUCAGAAAAAGCACAGUUGAGGCAGGGAAUAUUGACCAGCAGUCGGCCGGAGUCAGUUGCCAGCCAGCCGGAGUCGGUGCCCUCCCCUUCCCAGUCAGCAGCCAGCCAUGAACAUAAGGAGGUGGAGCUAUCCGAGAGCCAUAAAGCUGAGAAGUCUUCUCGCCCCGAGUCCGUUGCCAGCCAGGUCAGCGAAAAGGACAUGAAGACAUCGCGCCCAGCAUCCAGCACCAGCCAAUUUAGCACCAAGGAAGGCGAUGAGGAGACGACUGAGUCGCUACUUCACUCGCUUACUACCACAGAGACAGUGGAGACGAAACAGAUGGAAGAGAAAUCGAGCUUUGAGUCUGUCUCCACUUCAGUCACUAAGUCCACAGUCCUCUCCAGUCAGUCAACUGUUCAACUUCGAGAAGAGUCCACCAGCGAAUCGUUGAGUAGCAGUCUCAAGGUGGAGGACAGCUCCCGACGCGAGUCGCUUUCCAGCUUGUUGGCGGAGAAAGGAGGAAUCGCUACCAACACUAGUUUGAAGGAGGACACUAGCGCCUCUGCAUCUCAGCUGGAGGAGCUGCUUGUGCAGUCCGAGGAAUGCUCAUCAGAGUCAAUCGUUAGCGAGAUUCAGACCAGCAUCGCUCAGAAGUCAAAUAAGGAAAUCAAGGAUGCUAGAGAAACCAAAGUAACCAGCCAGUUUACCACUACCACCAGCAGCGCCACCAAAGACGAUAGCUUAAAGGAAACUGUGGCCGAGUUUCUGGCCACCGAGAAGAUUGUUUCCGCCAAGGAAGCCUUCAGCACUGAAGCCACUAAGUCGGCCGACGACUGCUUGAAGAAGACCACCGCCAGCGCCGUCUCCAGCACAUCCGCCUCCCAGCGAGCGCUAUUCGUAGGCACGGACGAAUCACGGAGAGAGUCUCUGCUCAGUCAGGCAAGUGAGAGCCGCUUGACCCACAGUGAUCCUGAAGAUGAGGAACCCGCUGAUGACGUCGACGAGCGGUCCAGUGUUAAGGAGAGCCGUUCCAAGUCUAUUGCUACCAUCAUGAUGACCAGCAUCUACAAACCUUCCGAGGAUAUGGAACCGAUUUCAAAGCUCGUCGAGGAGGAGCACGAGCACGUGGAGGAGCUGGCUCAGGAGGUCACCUCUACCAGCAAGACCACAACUCUUUUGCAAUCCAGCGAACAGAGCAGCACAACCACCAGUAGCACCAGCAAGACCGGUGCCUCAAGGGUGGAGUCCAUUACCCUCACACAGAUGGAUCAGCAAACUAGCCAGAGUCAGGGCGACCCUGCCGAUCGCAAGACACCGCCAACUGCGCCAGUAAGUCCCGGCGUCAAAGCAAUGAGCUCGACAGGAUCAGCCGGCUCUGUGAUUGGAGCUGGAGCUGGAGCCGUAGCCGCUGGUGGAAAGUGUGAGUCGAGUGCCGCCAGCAUCGUAUCUUCAUCGGGCCCGAUGUCGCCCAAGGACAUCAGCGGCAAAUCUAGCCCCGGUGCCCUCACCUCGGAGAGCCAGUCAAUUCCCACUCCGCUAGGACGGGAGUCGCAUACGGACACCCCGGAAUCCUCGCCAAAGCCCACAUCACCUUUCCCGCGCGUCAGCAAGGACGAGCUUAAGUCUCUGGAAAUGCAGCACCACUCGCAGGAGCAGAUGUUGGCAGGAGCAGCUGCUGCAGCCGGAGCUGAGUGUGAGGGUGACAUUCCCGAGCUGCACGAACUGCGUGGACUAGAGUGCACCACAGCCCUCAGCGGGAGCACCGACAAGAUAAUCACCACCACAAUCACCACGGUGACAAAAGUAAUUUCGGCGGAUGGCAAGGAAAUAGUAACCGAGCAAAAGACGGUGACAACCACAGACAGCUCAGAGCCCGACAGUGAAAAGGUAGUGGUGACCACAACGCGUACCACCAGCGAGAGCGAACGAGACCAGCUGCUGCCCAAAGAGGUGGCGCUGCUGCGCGGCCUGUACCGCGCCAGCACCCCGGGCAGCGAGGACGACGAGGACCUGCUACUAGGAUCCCCGCGUAGUGCUACCAGCUACGAGCUGCAACACUCUAGCUCCGGUGUGAGCAAGCGCUCCGAUCUGGAUGCCGACGGCGACGAGAGCCAAGAUGACAUUCCUCCUCAGUAUGGCAGCGAGGAGCACUCAACGGCACGAUCAAUUCUUCUGCCUCGCACAGCCGACCCCAUGGCCACCUCCUUCUACGGCGCCCUGCCCGACAGUUUCGACGUUGUGAUGAAACCCAGCACCGAACCAAUCCCGAUCCAGGGCGCACCGUCCGGCGAUAGCCAGUCGUCGGAGAGCGUGGAGAGCAGUAGCCAGACCUGGGCAGGACACAAGUUCCUGGACCAGGCGGACAAAGACUUCCAGCGAGCACUUGAGGAGCACGUACAGGCGCGCGGCGCCGAGGUCAUGUCUUCCGUCACCGCCAAGUACUCGUACUCGCCCUCGAAGGCCGAGGAAAUGGAACAGAUCGUAAGCGGCACUGCGGAACGGCAGCGCUUCCCGCUUAGCGAUGUCCAGCGAGCCCGUGUCGCGGAAAGUGGCUUUGCCACAGUUGGCAGUGUCGCCUCCCAGCAGCAGCAACAGGAGAAAGGAGGGGAAGUAGAACAAGCCGUCCCUACCACAACUGCAGUUACAGCAAGCACUACAGCCACAGCGAGUUCCACUGGAGCUCUGCCCAAGGACCGCCUCGAGGAGUGGGGCAAGCCCCUAGGCCUGCCCUCACCAGCACCACUGCCUGUAGAGGGCGGUGCUGACAUUCGCACCACUCCCAAGAAGGAACGCCGCCUGGUGGCCACCAAGACGCGACUGAACAACGAGAAGAACCUGCGCAGGCGCAGCGAAUCACCCAACAAGGCCGGCAAGAAGCCAGCGCCCGUCUACGUGGACCUCACAUACGUGCCGCACAACGGAAACUCCUACUACGCCCACGUGGACUUCUUUAAGCGGGUACGAGCCCGCUACUACGUCUUCUCCGGCACGGAACCCAGUCGCCAGGUGUAUGAUGCGCUGCUCGAGGCCAAACAGACAUGGGAGGACAAGGAGUUGGAGGUCACCAUUAUACCUACGUACGACACAGAUGUUCUAGGUUAUUGGGUGGCUGAAAACGAGGAGCUGCUAGCCAAGCACCGCAUCGACCUCUCGCCCUCCGCGUCUCGUUGCACCAUCAACCUGCAGGACCACGAGACCUCGUGCUCGGCCUACCGCCUAGAGUUCUAGGCCACGGGUCUGUUUAUUGCAUUCGACGAUGACUAAGCCAACCCACAACGCACCCAGCCAUAGACGCAGACGAGCCGAGCACUGCCAGAGAAUUGAGUCUAUGUACGGACUACAAAGUGCAUGGACUCGAGCUCUGACACGACAAGAACCGGGACUAGGACUAGGACCAGCACAACGACGACCACAGCAAGAGGAGAAGGAUUGGAAUGCAGAUCACAAUGGGAAUGACAAUUCAGACAAUUCAAUUGGCCAAUUUUCGUGAGCAGGAGCCGCAGGAAACGGAAAUGAGACGCACGUUGGCUGAUAUGGCGGAGUUUGGGUCACGCGAAUGACUCCAUUUUGUUUACCAAUGCCGCCUAUUGAGCUUUCGACGACUUGUUUCGGCCGACCAAAAGCUACGUAAUUAAUUAAUAUUAAGUUUUAAAAAUUAAUUACCAAAAGAUGCAUUGCAACCGAUCCUCAGUGGUUUAGUCGAGGAGAAGCUAUUUAUGUCACUUUCAUUGCAUAACGUCAAGCUACCUUGCUUAGUAAUCCAAAGAUCAAAAUAGUUUUCAAAACCGCAUAGCUAAAAUAUACAAAGGAGAAACGAAAGGCGAGAAAAUACUAAGAAAAGACAAACUCUAUAUAUAGAGUACUUAAUAUUCAUGUUUAAUAUAUGUAUUAGUCGAAACUUUUACGAACCCUCUCGUAUGGUCUCCCCAUACCAAAGGUAUUCGAAUUUUAAAGCGAGCAUUAGCUAAUUGAACGUGUAUAACCCGUAAAGUCAGAGCUCUUUAGCCGUAGGAUAAUAAGCGAUCAUAAUACAGAACGAAGAUCGGAGACGGAUUCACUACCCGCCCUUCGGACUAAACUGAAUCAAACGUUAGGGCUAACAAUUGAGUGCAACAAAGAUUUUCGAUUUACCCCUUACCGAAGCAAAUCUAGUAUCCGAGUGUCGGGAUUUAGGAUUCGAUACCCUCAAUAUUUAAGUAAUUCCAGAUCUAAUAGUUUUCAUAGUCCGUUCUCACCGUUUAGUUUCGUAUGUUUUUCUUUGCAUUUCGUUUCGUUGUUUCAGCAGGCAGCCGCAGAAAGACUUAGAACCCAAUUUGCUAUAGCGACCGAUAUACGUAUACCUCCACUCCCACAUAUGGGACUAAAGGAAGAUGAGAAGCGAACUGACACUGGGAAUUGGGGAUUGGGAACUGGAGUGGCGAGUUGAUGCAGUUAGGAAACGAAGGGUCAUAACGCCAUUGCCGGAGGAUCAAGGAAGCAGGAAGGUGGUCAAAGUAUUGGAUGAAGACGAUGACGAGGACGGUAGAGUCAAUGCUGAUGUUACUAUGUAAGGAUCUGAGUGAUCUAAAUGGGGUUAGGAAUAGGACUAGAACUGGGCUUGUGAUGGGGCGGGAGUCUUGGGUUGGGUGGGUUGGGAUUGGGGUCGAAUAGAAUAGAAUGGAAUGGGAUUUAAUGGAUGGAUGAGGGGACAGUGAAACAGCUAUUGUGAGAAUAAAACGAGAAUGAGCAGAGAGUCAUAACUAAAUACUCGUACGAUACGAUAAAUAUGAAGUACACAAAGUGAAUGAAGGUUAUUUUUCUAUAUUUUUUUUACUUUUCAUAGUCAUAGAAUAACAAAUUUGCAACAAACAAACAGACAAGAUAUGCAGCAAGGCGCGAACCAGGCACACAGGCAAUUUUAAUCAAUGUAACCAGUAACCAGUUACCAAUAUCGAAGAAACAAACGGAACAAGCAAUUCGAGGCCACAGCAAAACAGUCCAAAAGAGCCAGUUACAAUUAUAAAUUAAAGACAGACUUUUUAGGCUACGCGUAUAUUUUUUAGUUGCUUUUUAUAUACAACAGCAACAGAUCUGGGAGGAGUUGCGGCCGAUCAACUUUCAGUAUGCAGUAUCCAGCAUGCAACAUGCAACAUGCCCCAUGCAACAGGCAGGCCGCAGCAGACAACAGUCAACUGGCAACCGUCCAGUCUACACCGUUUGAUAGCAACCAGCGAAAUUUAAGCAAAAUUAUACACACGUAGGGCUAAGAGGGGCGGUUCAGGCAUACGACUAGGGCGGAUCAUGAUCCGCAUUAGCGCUCCCAACCGACCAGCACUCGACUUUCGAUUAUUGGGUAGCAUUGCAGUCUCCGCUUCGAGGAUUUUAAAUUUAUAACCGAGAAAAACCAAACACGAAGUUUAUUAAACAUUAAUUACUUUCCAAAUUCGUGCGCUUAGCGAGCAAAACCAAAACCAAAAAAAAACCUAAGGAGGUUAAGAUAAAGAAUACUCACACAUGAACUAUAUACACUAUAUAUGAAUAUAUAUAUACAUGAAUAUAUAUAUAUAUAUAUGUACUUGAGCGUAUUGAUGUUGCUUAACAAAAAAAAAACCAAAAAAAAAAAGAACUCUUCUCCCAGCCAGAAGACAUUUUUUGCCUUUCACGAAACGAAUUUCCCCUAAGAUACGAAAAUAUGAAAACUUGUUACCUUUGCCCCCGUUUGUUUGCGACAUGAGUUUCGUUGAAAUCAGGUCAGAUCAGAUCAGAUCGACUAUACACUAUACACUAUACACCAUACACUAUACACUACAAACCACACCACCACACACUGCACACUAACAUAUAUUGUACCCACACACAUAACGCCACACGCACACGUAUCCAUUGCCUUAUAUCCAGAAAACAGAUAUCUGCAUCAUACCUUAUAUUAGUCUAAGAAUCAAGUACGAUAUGUAUGACCUAUGAGAGUUUGUUUGUUGAAUUUGCUUUUACUUUUUAGCAGCUUCGAUUUAAAUCAAAUAUACAUACUAAAUGCACACACCCCUGCACACACACACACAGUGCUCACGAAGGUGGUGUGCUUGUGGUGGUGAGACUUGGUGUGGUGUGUGUGGGCCCGUGUGUGCUCUAUAUAAUCAUUAGUACAGCAAAUGCAUGCAGAAAGUAAGAUUGUUACAAACAAGAGCCCAGCCGAGGUAUCGCUUACUUGCGGAUGAAGUAGUCACAUGGCUAGGCCUGACCAGGGAAGGAGUAGUAGUCGCUUGGAGUCGGUAGGUAGGGAUGGAUGAGCGAGCCAGCACAAAGAUCCGAAAAUGGGCAGAGGUUACCGCGAAGAAAUAUAUAUGUAUUACAUUUUAUGAAACGUCAAGCUUAUCUCAAGAACUAUUUCCAAAACAAAAUCUGAAAUUAUAAUAAACGUAUUUAUGUGAAACCCGGGUGUGUAUUUCGUUUCCCGCCAUCUUGGGUCCCCAGGAUACCGCAAUGCCAGGUGAGUUACCAGAGCACCUGGUGGUGCCCAGUGACCCAGUGGUCUUCGUUUUCGUCUCCACUUUGUUCUCGGCCAGUUUGAGGAGCGAACCCACCUUGGAUUGCUUGAUUGAUGAUGGACUGACAUCUAACUAAUGGCUUAAUUGAUCAUGAUGGAUGGCCACUUGGAGAGUCCUUUCGGCAGGACCGCGUCAACGCGCAGUCGUCUAAGGUCGGUAGGGUUGGUUGGUUGUGAGUCUCCGAAUUCUGUUUUCUAAUCCCGACCCACCAUUAGGGUCGCAUGGAGCACUAGAUAGCCGAUACAGAAAAGUUCCAUCCCCGUGAUAAGCUGAAUCAAGGUACGGGUGAGGGAAGAGGCACUCGAUUAGUGAUAAGGUAAUCUAAUUGAUGUCGCUUCCUCCCCACAUAGCUAAACCUGGUCGCGCGGCAGAUAGUGGAUGGAAUUCGGCAUGGACACGCUGAGAGCUCUGGAGCCGCUGCACCGCGCCUGCCAGGUGUGCAACCUAUGGCCCUGGCGCCUCGCCCCCCCGCCAGACUCGGAGGGCAUCCUGCUCCGGCGAUCGCGCUGGCUGGAGCUGUACGGUUGGACCGUGCUGAUAGCGGCCACCUCCUUCACCGUGUACGGCCUCUUCCAGGAGAGCAGCGUAGAAGAGAAACAGGACUCGGAGUCCACCAUCUCGAGCAUAGGUCACACGGUUGACUUCAUUCAGCUGGUGGGCAUGCGGGUGGCUCAUCUGGCUGCCCUGCUGGAGGCCCUGUGGCAGCGGCAGGCGCAGCGAGGCUUCUUUGCGGAGCUAGGCGAGAUCGAUCGCCUGCUGUCCAAGGCGUUGAGGGUGGAUGUGGAGGCUAUGCGCAUCAAUAUGCGUCGCCAGACGUCGCGCCGAGCUGUGUGGAUCCUGUGGGGCUAUGCGGUUAGCCAACUCCUUAUCCUGGGCGCCAAGCUGCUCUCCCGCGGAGACAGAUUCCCGAUCUACUGGAUCAGCUACUUGCUGCCACUGCUUGUGUGCGGAUUGCGUUACUUUCAGAUCUUCAACGCCACUCAGCUCGUGCGCCAGCGCCUGGAUGUGCUCCUAGUGGCCUUGCAGCAGCUUCAGCUGCACCAGAAAGGGCCCGCAGUGGAUACUGUGCUUGAGGAGCAGGAGGAUCUGGAAGAAGCAGCAAUGGAUAGACUGAUCGCUGUCAGACUCGUCUACCAACGGGUGUGGGCCCUAGUGGCCUUGCUAAACCGCUGCUACGGGCUCUCCAUGUUGAUGCAGGUGGGCAACGACUUCCUGGCUAUCACCUCCAACUGCUACUGGAUGUUCCUCAACUUCCGCCAGUCGGCGGCCUCGCCCUUCGACAUCCUGCAAAUCGUGGCCAGUGGCGUAUGGUCUGCCCCCCACUUGGGUAACGUGCUCGUCCUCUCACUGCUUUGCGACCGAACGGCCCAGUGC